CCAGAACCCUAUUUGCUGUUUUCCACGUGGUUCACUGUGUCUCGCAUGAACCUGGACGGCUCGAACUACACAGUUCUGGUGGACAGCUCAGACAAUGUCGGCCCUCAAGCUGUUGAUUACCAUUUCUGUAUGAAUAAGUUCUUCUGGACUCACUACCGAGAUGGUAUUAUUCACCAAGCCAAUAUUGAUGGGUCAAACUCUAAAGUAUUG